AUGGAAUAUUUGGUCGACUAUCCUGUGAGACGAAACGUGGGAUUCAUUUUCUCGAAACACCACCAUUUGAUGGGAACUCGCCGCGUUUCUUCUCCAAAUGGCGAUUUUACCUUGUUUUUCACCAUUCAAAGCCCAUUUUCCAAUUUCCAUCCAUGUCGAUUUCAAGAAACAGCUAUGGAUGGUUCGAGAAGAAAGUUCUCCUGCGUUGAACAGUACUACAUGUACAGCAAGGCUCUGUCUGCUGGUGACAAGACCGCCGCAGAACGCAUUAUGUCGGAACGAGAUCCGAAGAAAAUGAAACGUAUUGCAUUUCCAAAAAAUUUCAUGUGGGACUCCAUGAGCACAGCAGUUAUGUCAACUGCGCUCGAAGCGAAGUUUACGCAGGACGCUCGGCUUCGACACAUGCUUUUUUUGACUCAUGGAUCACGUCUUGUCGAGUGUUCACCUUCCGACGUCAUUUGGGGAAUCGGUCUUCCGAUCAACAGCCCGGACGCUGUGAAUCCGUCUAGAUGGCGUGGGAAGAAUCGCCUCGGCAGCCUAAUGGACGCCGUGCGUGAAAAGUUAUGGACAAAUGAUGAAUACAGGUCGCAACGUGAAGAAGUCGAGGCGCAGAUGAAUUUGUUCCCCGGUUAUGCAGAUCUGUAUUUUUCUUCGAAUAUAACCAGAAGUCGUCAUAGCACUGACGGUGCUGUUGAAGCGAAAAGCGACGAAAUUCAUGAGAACGUGCGGCGACGAGGUUCUGGCGAUUCUCUUCGCGCCAAACGACGUGCGCAAGCUGAAGAAGAAUUAAUUGAAGCCGUGUGUGUGGAGAAGCGACGCCGUAGUGAACAUGAAAGUUCUGACACAAAGAAAAUAGAAACCCUAAGUGCGGUAGCUACUAGUCAAGUACACUCAACAGAGUGUAGAAAUGGUUCCUCAUCAAUUCAACCACUACAAAACGUGGCACGACCUAUUUCAACUGAAGGAAAUAACAAUAAUGCUUGCAAAUCAGCGGGACAAAAAAUAAACAAGUCGCAAGCGCUGCUAGACGUUGUGGACCAUUCUAUUCAAGAAAUACUGCUCCCUGGAGAGGGUGCUGCAGCAGUGACAGUGUCCGAAGCAGUCGUGACUACUGACGAUACAAAUACUAACAUACAAGUGGAGGCUGCGGAAAGGCUAAGGAAGAUUCCUGCUACUGAAGACACUGAAGAAGUCAUACGACCAGAGGACUUAGAGUUCAAGAAUGGAAGGGGUGGAUCAGGACGAAAGCGAACUGCGGAGAAAAGGGAGGCAACAGAUGUUCCUAAGGAGAAACGUAGAAAGCGAGGAGACAGUGGCACGUUAAGUCGUUCACGCUCAACGCACAAAAAAACACGAUCGCGGUCGUCACCCAAAAGGUCUCAAAAAGAUAAUGGAGAACGUGUGAGAGGCAGAAAAAGUGGUCAUAAGGAACGCACUCGUAAAGAUGAGAAGAACGAUGAAGAGAAAAAAUCUCAUAGGCGGAGAAGGAGCAGUGAAGAAAAAUCAAGAACAAGAAGCAGGAGCCGAUCAGGAAGGAAGGAUUCCAUCAGAAACGACACCAAACGUAAACAUGGGUCCUCAUCUGAACAUACGAGAGAUGUAAGGAAUGAGGAGAAGAAUAAGACAGUUGAAGAGAAGAAGGACUCAAAACCAGGAAAUUCUGUUCCAACAUCACUUACCACAGCCGUAAGACCUGCAGAAGAGGAGAUGUUUGGUCCACCAACGGUUGCCUUUUCAAAAGCAGAAAAAAUGAACAACCUUCUCAAUCGAAUGAAAAAGAAGCAGUCACUACAAUCGGGACAAAUCAAAUGA